GUGGGUUGAGGCUCGAAAACGUUCAAUUCUGUGACCCACCGAUACGGGCUACCUGGCAUUUACACAAAAAUGUCAAUACUAUUAUAUUGAAACAUAAAAUGACUGUCGGCAAUCGUGAAUUUGGGGGAACUGUAACCAAAAAUGAAAAUUUAUCUUCAAAAUUGAACCGCUUGGUACGUAACAAUAGCCAAUCAGAAGAUGACUAACAAAAAAGGUAGGCUCAGCUGCUAAGAGCUCAGCCAAUCAAAAACUCCCUUCUAUGCAGUUUGUCCAAUGUAAAUAGUAAACAAACUUGCAAGUAUGGCGUUGUCGACGGAUACAAGUACAUCUAAUGAUGAAAUUGAGCCUCUUAUAGGGCUAUUUUGUGCUAUGCAUGUGGUUAAAAGCAAAAGUAAGGUUGUGCCAUUUAGUGAAACUAGCCUUAAAAAAAUUAAGGAGUGUGCAAAGCUGUGGAAAUCUACAAACAAGAGUCCGCAGUAUGAGGUUGCUGUCGAGGCUUUCGAGACGUACUUCAAAGACGAAGAGGAUCUGGGGGAUGGCAGUGCCAGUCCAAGCAGUAAGCCUAGGCCUAGUCAAGAAUUGGCUAAAUCUGUUCGAAGGAAACGCCGGGGUACCCCAGGGUACCAUCGCGAAUGCUACAGGAACUUCUGUAAUUUAACAGAUAUUAAAAGAGCAAUCAACAAAAAGAGAAAAAUACAAGAGGAAUCCACAAAAUCAAGUGGUAUGGAAAUUGAAGGUCCACAGAUUGUUAAACCAAAGCCAAACUGAAUUCUUCGUUCUACGACAUCCGAAAGCAGAAAUCAACAAGUAGAAGUACUUCCUCGCCGAAGUCAUGUUCUGCCGGCGCAAUGCAUCAUUUGUAAAAGGAUGCAGUAUAUUAAAGGUUCAAGAUGAAGGCAGAUGUUCUUGUCUCGGCGUGGUGUUUGGUGCACCCACAAGUCGAUGCAUGCACAGUGGCAAACCCUGUCUCUACAAAAGAGAUUCAUGAUGACGACAAAGAAUUUGUUGUAGAACAUUAUUGUAAUUGCAUUUGACUGAAUUACUAUAAUAAUGAAGGUUUGAAUAUUACAUUAUAUCGUUUGCACAACACUAAAAAUGUUAUACAUGUACUAAAAGUUUUCUUAAUGGCCAUAUGAAGCAUUAACAUUACAUUAUGGUCCAUUUCACUUAUUUUAUAGAAUUUUUCAUAGAAAUGUGUGUAAAUCAGUUAAUACUGCAUUUUUUCAUCUGCAUUUCAUUUUCAUACUGGAAUUUAAUAAAAUUUGAUUCUUAAAAAUUUGUAAAUCAUUCAAUUUUAGGUUAAUUCGAGUUAUAACUGAUUUGUAAAUAAA